GAAAAGGUGCUGUUAUCAAAGUAUCUUGUUAAUGAUGGAUGCUCAUUAUAGAAGCUCCUUGGUGAGAAGCACAAAAAUCUGAAAUUGGUGGACAUUAUAGCAUUAUAUUAAAGUAAUCUGAAUUCUUGUUUAUGUUAUCUCUCUUUUCCAGUUGACUGUAAUAACUGAGGAAAUAUUUCACUCAUAUCAACUCGGCUCUACAAGCAGACAGACAGACGGACUACAGAAACGGCCUUGCAUCAUGGGGAUUGCGGUCUACAACAUCUCCACCACCUCAGCCAGAGUGAGCUGGCCGUCGUCCCCCAGCUGCCUGGACACCUUCUACAGCGUCAUGUACGACCCGAACUGGAACAGCCUCCUGAUGGGCUACAAGCGGAAGAGUUUCAUGCACGAGGAACGCAUCCCCGUCAGUCAGACCAGCACACACCUGGCCAACCUCCUCCCCCAGACCGCCUACUUCUUGUGUGUGACGUGUCAGGCAGCCAAUCCGGUGCGGGACCAGUGCCAGGUGUUCAGCACUCUGAGCGAGAACAGCGAAGGUCACGACAGAGCUGGCUGGGAGCUCGCCAUGGGCGUCUGGCUGACCUGCUGCAUCUUGCUGCUGGUCAUCGCUGGAAUCCUGUUGUGGGGGUGUCUCCACACCAUCUGCUCCAUCCCCAGUCAGGCCGCAGACAGCUGCCAUGUGGUGACUAACUCGACCUGCCAAGACAUGUCUGGAUCCGGACGCCUCUACACUCCCAGAAGCAGCAGCGAGGACAGCACCAAACAUGCCACCAUCAUACAACGCUCCCUUCUCUCAGCGCAGACCACUGGCCACAUAAUUACCCAGGACCACGAGCUGAGGACGCUCGCUAAGCUUUCUGGCACAGAGCCAGUAUGAAUCAAUUGGAUUGAGGUCAUCAAUCGUUCUGCCCGGACUGAAUCGAGUAUUAUUAAUUACUGAUGAAAUCCUACGGAGCUCGGGAGGCAUCAAGAUGAAAAAAGAAAAAUAAUUGAA